AUGAAAGAUGCCGAUCAUCGAGAAAUGACGUGUCCUUUCAUUGGCUAUGCUCAAGAGCCAAUACUACCUCUUGCUGAUGCAUGUACAUCCUUAAAACCCAUUAUUCCCGACAUUCUAACAUAUGUUUCAAUGGCUCUUGAACACACUCCAGAUAACCCGCCCGAUGAACUCACUCGUGAUGAAUCAGCUUCGAUAUAUCUCUACACAAUAGAGUGGCGUACUACAGGUGGAAGUCUUUAUUCCCAUCUUAAUUAUGCUCUUAGACAAGGUAAUCAAGAGGAAUUACAACCAUGGCUCAAAUAUCUUAAACUUUUUCUUACUGCUUUGGUUAAAAUACCAUGUUCAACAGCACAAGUCGUAUGGCGUGGUGUGCGAAAGAACACUACUAAUGAAUUUCCAAAAGGAGCUCGAAUUACAUGGUGGGCUUUUUCAUCCACUACAAAAUCAUUAGCGGUGUUAGAAAAUGAUCUCUAUUUGGGUACAACAGGAGAGAGAACCAUAUUUUCUAUUGAAGUUUUAAAUGCCAGAAAUAUACGCGCUCAUUCAUAUUUUAAUGACGAGGAGGAAAUUUUACUGUUGCCGGGAACAUUCAUGGAAGUACAAUCAUUAUUAAAUCCAGCGCCUGACCUGCACAUCAUUCAUUUAAAACAAAUGAGACCGAAAGAACCACUAAUGGAACCUCCAUUCGAAGGUAAAUUGAACAUUCCUAAUAGUUUAUUUUGA